AUGACGGCAGUCUCAUCGAGCUUGGCAGAGGUGACCCUCAGGCCUGGGACAGAGGCUGAUGCCCCAGUGCUGCUACGGCUGAUGGAUGACCGCACCGAGUGGCUCGUAUCCCAGGGCCGAACGAAGCAAUGGGGAACUGAGCGGCAAUCCGACAAGCCUGAACGUGUUCAACAGGCGACCAAAUUGACAAGAUCCGGUGGCACUUGGCUUGCGGUUGAAAAAGAUCCCACGGGAAGUCAGCAUGAGGAGGUAUUGGGCGCUCUCACCGUGACCGGCGAUGCAGCGUCAUAUGUCAGUCCUGCAACGGAACCGGAGCUGUACAUCAACUAUAUCAUCACUGACCCGAAGAAGGGGGUAGGCAGAGGGCUUGGGGAUAUGCUAAUGGAGAAGGCAAAGGCUUUGGCACAGGAGAAAGGUGUGCGAGUUCUCCGACUCGAUUGCUACGCCGGCGGGGACAAUAAGCUUGUGCGCUGGUAUGAGUCGCGAGGUUUCCAAAAGCAAGAAGCAUUCGAGGCCAAGGGCUGGUCUGGGCAAGUCCUGAUGAUGCGGUUGUAG